AUGAACUCUAUGUAGAAGGUCAUUGAAUAAUUGAAUGGUUUCUAAAAUGAAUUUAUUAAAUACAAGGCUUUAUACGAAAGAGAAUGUUUAGUGACUGCUGAUUUAAAGGAUCAAUUAGGUUAAUUAGAUAAAUAGGCUAAACAAUUAGCUGCAGAGAGAGAUAAUCUUUUGGAUAGAAUUGCAAAAUUACAAGCUGAAAUUGAGUAAUUAGGAAAGCAAAUCUAAGUUAAGAAUGAUGAAAAUGCAGCUUAAUCUAAGACUGUAUCAACCUUAGAAGGAUAAGUUGCAUAAUUAAAGCCUCUUGAAGCUGAAAAUCAAAGAUUGAAAUAAUUAAUUGAUCAACAAACUAAAGAAUUAGGAGACUUAAGAUAAAAAUUGGCUGAUUUACAAUUAGCAGCUGAUGAUGCCAAUAAAUAGAAAACUUAAUUCCAAUAAUUAUACAAUUCAGUCAAUGGAGAGUUUGAACAAUUAAAGAAUAAGUUUGCAGCCAAAGAUAAUGAAAUUAAUGCAUUGAAGGCAUCCAACACAAAACAAGAAUCAAUUGUUAAAUAAGUUAAAGUUAUUGAUAAUACCAAUCCAAAUGAUUUGAAAACUUUGUAAGAUCAAAUUGCUUAGAGAUCAAAGGAGAAUGAAGAAAUUAAAAAGAAAUUCAAUCAAAUGGAUGUUGAAUUAUAGAAGGUUAAGAAAGAUAAUACAGAAAUUAGUAAAUUGUAAUAAGCAAUUCAAGCAAAAGACAAAGAAUUAGACGAUUUGAAGAAGAAACUUGACAAAUUCUCAUAGGAUUCUUCAAAUCUAGAAAAGUUAAAGAAAGAAUUAGAAGCUAAAGUGAAUAGCUUAAAUUCUGAUUUGAACACAAGCAAGAAGAGCUUUGAUAACCAAUAAAAUGAUAUCAAGAAAUUGAAUCAAUAAAUCAAUGAUUUAUAAAAUGAAAUCAAGAGACAAUAGAAUAUAAUUUCCAACUAAACUGCUGACUUAUAAACUUGGAAUAACAAGUACGCUUCUGUAGUGAAAGAUUUAAGAUCAGAUAAUCCACCUUAAAGUACAAAUCAAACUAAUUAAUUCACUACAACCAUUACCACACAAGUUAAUAAACAACCUUAGACAACCUAUUAAUAGAUAGAUGAUAGUCAAUCAAACAGAUCUAGUGGAUAUAGAUAAAAUUUAUUCCCUACAGCAUCAUAGGUCUAAUAAACAAGCACUCAAAAACCAGUGACAGCUUCAUCCAUUUAUUAGUCUGGCUCAUCCAGUUAAUAACCACCAUCAUAAACAUCAUCUUCCUAAAUUAUGAAUUAAACAUCAACAACAACAACUAGAAGUUAUGCAAGACGUUAUUGA